CCCACAUCACACUGCUUGCGCCGCGGGCGAUCUGGGAAGACGACGACAAAGAUAAGUGUUCGUCUAUAAAGUGAGCGAUCGAUCGGACCACCAGGAAGGGAAGAUCUGAAUCGCGUUCGUGGUGGAGGAAGCCCUAGUUCUUUUGUUUCGGAGCUGCGAUUGGACGCGGACUUGCUUGUUUCUUUGUUUUAUCGGUUCUCGUUUGGAUCGGAUUGCUUCCUUGACCUUCAUAUGAGCGCGUGCCAGAUCUAAAAUGGCAGAUCCGAGUGAGUACGGCGUCGAGGGUUUCGCUGGCGAUACAGCGAGGACGAAUGCUUCGCCGACGGCACAGCCGGUGCCGGUGGUUCUACCAUUGUCUGCUUCGUCCAAGAGUGAAGGGAAGUCAGCGUCGGCACAGAGGCGGAGGGCUUCGAGUAAGCCAUACUUGGAGGCGGAGGAGCUCAUUAAUCUGCUCCACGGAUCUGAUCCGGUGAAGGUAGAGCUCAAUAGACUCGAGAAUGAGGUUAGAGACAAAGAUCGGGAAUUGUCGGAAGCGCAGGCCGAGAUCAAGGCUCUGCGGCUGUCGGAACGUGCUAGGGAGAAGGCAGUGGAAGAGCUAACAGAAGAGUUGACGAAGAUGGAUGAGAAGCUGAAGCUCAGUGAAUCACUCAUAGAUAGCAGGAAUCUUGAAAUUAAGAAGAUAAAUGAUGAGAAGAAAGCAGCCUUGGCCGCCCAAUUUGCAGCUGAAGCAACACUUAGAAGAGUUCAUGCAGCUCAAAAAGAUGAUGACAUGCCUCCAAUUGAAGCCAUUCUUGCACCCCUUGAGGCCGAAUUGAAGCUUGCACGUCAAGAGGUUACAAAGUUACAGGACGACAACAGGGCAUUGGACAGGCUUACUAAAUCAAAGGAAGCAGCACUAUUGGAAGCAGAACGAACUGUCCAGAUUGCUUUAGCAAAGGCUUCUAUGGUGGAUGAUCUGCAAAAUAAGAACCUAGAGUUGAUGAAGCAGAUAGAAAUCUGUCAGGAGGAGAACAAGAUCUUAGAUAAGAUGAACAGGCAAAAAGUUGCAGAAGUUGAAAAGCUAUGCCAGACUGUGCGAGAGCUAGAAGAGGCUGUCCUUGCCGGUGGGGCAGCUGCAAAUGUUGUGAGGGAUUACCAGCGAAAAGUUCAGGAGAUGAGUGAAGAGAUGAAAACUCUUGACCGAGAACUUUCUCGGGCAAAGGUUUCAGCUAAUAGAGUUGCUGUGGUAGUGGCCAAUGAUUGGAAAGAUGCUAAUGACAAAGUAAUGCCUGUUAAACAGUGGCUUGAGGAACGAAGGUUCAUGCAGGGUGAGAUGCAGCAACUUAGAGAUAAGCUUGUUAUUGCAGAGCGUGCUGCAAGAUCUGAAGCCCAAUUGAAAGAGAAAUUUCAUUUGCGGCUGAAAGUUUUGGAAGAAGGAUUGCGAAUGUCAACAGGUGGCAUUAACCGACGUACCAACAUGGAGGGGAAGACUAUGAGCAAUGGUCCUUCAUAUAACCAAUCUCUUGGUGGAUCUGAGAAUAUCCCGAAGAGUGCUAAUGUUUUCCUCUCAAGGAGACCAUCUUUUCAGAUGAGAUCAUCUAUUUCUAGUAAUACAAUACUUAAGCAUGCCAAAGGAGCCUCUAAGUCAUUUGAUGGUGGCUCUAGAUCUUUAGAUCAUAGCAAAACCCUUGCAGAUAGAGCUGGCUUGAUAUUGAACAAAUCUUCCGAUGCAACUGCUGAUAAUGCAUUGCAUAACAGUUGGCAGGAGAAUCCUGAGGAGAAAAUCAGUGAGUUCCCUACUGUUGAGUCAGAUGAUUGCGUGUCUGGACUACUCUACGACUUGCUGCAGAAAGAAGUAAUUACACUGAGAAAAGCAUGUUAUGAGAAAUGCCAAACCUUAAAAGAUAAGGAUGAUGCAAUUGAGAUGCUGGCCAAAAAAGUUGAUACAUUGACUAAAGCCAUGGAAGUGGAGGCCAAAAAGAUGAGAAGGGAAGUAGCUGUAAUGGAGAAAGAAGUGGCUGCUAUGAGAGUUGAUAAAGAGCAAGAUAACAAGUCCAAGCGGUUUGGUGGUUCUAAACCUCUUGAAAAUAAUUCUCAGUCCUUACCAGGAAGGACUGCUCCUCGAAGUGGUCCGAUGCGAAAUCUAUGACAAGGAGAUUUGAAACUUGAAGGCUUUCGGAGAUCGGAUCAAUCUGUUAUUUUGUAUGACAAUGUCAUAUUUGUUUGUACAGCUACCUAGUGAUUGAAUCCUUUGUUCUUUCACUUUCUUUAGUUGUUUUUCAUUUCUUCUUCUUCCAGGAUGUGGAUAUAGUGUAAUCUCAUAUUUGAGUGUUAACUUUUUCCGAUUGGUUGUCUUGGAUCAGUGUUGCAACUCUAUCUGGCUGUUGUAAGAUUUGUAUUUUUUUUUUUGACCUUUUACAUUUUUGUCACCGGAAUAUACUUCUCUUCUUUUUUAA